AUGUGGUGUCGCGGAUGUGCAGCUUCCUCCGAGGAUGCUCAAGCUUGUGGCAGGUGCCGAGGUGGCUGGAGCCUAGAUGACACGGGGCAUUGUACGGCUUGCAUGGACCUCCCUGGAUUCCUGGAUGCCCAAGGCAGAAACUGCUAUGACAUCACUCAAGGAAAGAGUUGCAGCGGAGAGCGCUUUCAUGGCAUGUCCUCAGCAGUGGCAUGUUGCGGCUGCAUGGGCGGUUUGCGUGCUGCCACUGCCUUUGGCUAUUACACUGAGCCAAUGUUGCUUGGGCAGCGCACCGCGAAGGGAUACCCCCUGCCGCGCACAGCCUCGCGCUACUCCGUGGACAGCAGCUGCAAGCUGCUAGACUUCAACUUGACCAUUAAUGGCACCACAGGUGAGCUGCAAUUGGCACCUGGCUGUGACGCAGUAGGCUGUGGAAGCGCCACGGAGAACUUCGAGGUGUCCUGCGUCAUCACAGCGCACGAAGGUGAUUUGAAUGCCUCCACGCCGCUUCACAUCUCCGUCUUCAAAUUCAUGGCCUACCAGAGCUCACUGCUUGUGAUCGGGGACGAGAAGACACGAACCUUCACCCCAAGCUUCGCGCCUCAGGUUUCGCCCGCCGAUCUUCAUCUGAACUGCCUGCCAGCUGUGCCAUCCAAUAAUUGGUUGCAGCUGCGCAAGCAAGGCGAACUCCUUGUCAACGCCUCAGACGCAAGGGAGGUGCCAGGGCUCAGCGACCUCAAGCUCCCGGGCCUUGAAGACGCCAGCGGCAGCCUUUGCUACAUCGGCCAGGGCGGCAACUUUACCCCUGUGGCAGUUUUGGUGCCCAACUCCUGGUCCAGCAUCACCUACGCCGAAGCCUUUGUCAUUGUGGCUCCCGGGGCGGCGCUGGGCCCUUCCUUGCAGCCCAUCCCUACAGGUUCGAUUAGCUUGGCGUCGGCAGAUGGCUACAGUAUCUUCCAGUUGGAUAUCGAAACUGGUGCCUUGCAGGUGUCGCCUGAAGCCAACGUCUCGAUGCUCUUUGCCAGGACAGCCUUGGAGAUCUUCCGCCGGAGUUAUGCCGCCAGGCCUGCCGCACGGAUCCUCGCUGCGGAGUUUACACGUCCUCCGGUGUAUGAUUCCCCCAUAGAGAAGAUUGCGAACUGCAGCAUGGAGCACACCUGUCUCAAUCUCACCGGUACAGAGCCCGUCUGGCUCUACAGCGGCAUCUACUGCCCGGUUGCUUUUGGCCUGGAGCCUGUCACCAGCCAGCUUACCUCUGUGUAUCGUAAGCGGGAGCCCGUUGCCAGUCCGCGGUUCGACAUCUUCUAUUUACAGGCGUCUCAGACGGAUCCAGAUGCCAAUUGCAGCUUUGGCAGUUUGCUCCUGACCAGGAGCAACGUCACGUGGGACUUCCAGAACACUACCUCCAAAUACAUAGAGCUGUUCGGUUCCCACGUUGCCUGCUUGCAAAGCCACUCUGGCGCGCCAGUUGUUCCAACAGCUUUCGAGACCGGGAUGGAAGAUUUGCUGGUGCAAAAUGAGGCUGACUACGUGGGCAGAGGUUUGCAGCUGACGCUGGGGAGCCAGUUUUGCUCGCCAUCGGGAAUCACUACCAACACCGGAAGCGAGGAAGGCGAGAAAGAUGCUGGGAUGGUGGACGAGGUUUUCUUGGUGGACGAUCCAACAACCACAACACCCAAUGACUACUCUCUGCAUCCCUGCGAUUGCUUUCCGAUGUCAUGGGGUACGAAUCCUCCAGUUAGCACGGAGAGCUUCAUGUCAGUGCCACCCGAAGGAAGCAACGACUUUUUGCCCGAAGCAAUUCCGAUCGUCCAGGGCUCAUUCCGUUGUGAUCAGGAAGCGCUGCUGCCUCCAUCGGUAGCUCAGCCUCCCAGCGUGCCAGAUGAGUUGGACUGCCGCAAGGCUUGCCAGGUGAACCCACCCUGUGCCUUUUUCUGGUUUGGUGAAGCCGCAAACUUGCGACAAUGCCUACUUUACAGCAAAUGCGAGACCAUCUUCAAAGAAAAGGGUGCCAGUGGCACCUUGUCAGCUGUCGUGCGAAGAAAUGUUUGCCGGCGAGCAGAUCCCAAAAAGUGUUGGUCCGUCAGCAAGCGCCGGGCUUUCCUACAGACAGGCAGGGAAGAUUCUGAGAAGGCGCAGAGCCCCUGCAUCUACUCGAGGCUGGUGGAGCAAUGCGAUUUGCAACUUCUGCUCGGUGGGAUGGGUGUGGAGGAAUGCUUCGGAUGCACACAUGCGUUUGUGAACGAAGGCGAUGUGUGGCCCGAGAAGCGUCGCAUGCCGGCUCUGCUUCUGCCCGGCAGCCAGCUUCGCUACUCAUGUUGGGCCGAGCGCUAUCAGGCGGUGACUCCAAGGUCACCUGGCACCUCAGGCUCCAACUACACCAUCUCUUGUGUAGGCGGCAGCUGGUGGGGCGAUGACGGGGAGCCGGGCUUGAGUGGCUUUGCCUGUGGCUCCUGUGUGCAGGUGGUGCCCCCAGGUUACGUCCUCUUUGAGGCGCAGAAGGUGCAGGAGCUGUUCUUCCUUCCCAACCUGGAACUUAACGUCUUGAUUGACCAGCUUCACCCGCUGUACCUGAAUAUGGAUGGCACAUUGCGUGAACUGCAUGAACUACCAAGGCCAGAUUUUGCGAACGUCCAUUUCAUGUUGGGCGGUGCCGCACUUCCCGUUUCUCACGGCGAAAGUUGCUUGGACUGGCGUGGUGAUGCGUUGAUACAUUCGGAGUGCCAGCCAUCAUGGUGCCCUCUGCCCGCCGCAGCGGACUGCCGUGCACCUCUUGGGGAACUCUACCUCUGUCGAGCGGACAACAAAGCGCUUUGCCUGUAUGCCUCCAAGAGGCUGUUGCUUGAUGUGGCAUUACAACCACACUGCCCCACCUCCUUUGCGAGGCCGUCGAGCCACGGCCUUCCCGUGACAGUGCAGCUGCGAGAUGAGUUGCCAGCAGACACAUCUUUGCUGCAGCUGCGGUCCAUGCAGACCUCCGCCUGUGCCAGCGAAUGGCCUGGUGGGGCCACCUCCCCUCUAGACGGUGGAGAUUGGGCGAUAAAACAUGCUGGUCCAAGCAUUCCCGGCAGCUUCCAGCUGCGGUCAGAUCAGGACACGAAACAGUGCUUAACAGGUACAGAACCUGCGCUAACAGAUGCAGAAGUUGUGCUUGUGAUGUCAGCCUGUGACAACAUUUCGCUGGCACAAAGAUUCGACCUGGAUUCGCUUAACGAAUGGCUGCUGGCCCAGGUGGCUGCCUCGGCUAUGAAUGCCUCGCGGACUGCAGGAGCCAAGGAAGAGGAAAGGAGUGCCAGCCCCCUCUUCCGCCUGGGCUUCACCCGAGAUUGUGGGGAAUACUGCUUGGGCAACCUCAGCUUUGACAGCAAGGCUCCUAUGUUCGAAGGCUGCAAGCUGGCAUCAGCCAUCGAAGCUCCAAAAGAAGCUCAGGUGACCUUUGUGCUUCCAACCGUGAGAUUUAUGGUCGGCAUGGCUUGUGCAGUUCCAUACGCCCCUGAUGCAAAGUCCCUGCUAUUGGAAUCUCCCUGUCCCAUCAGCAAGAGCUUUUUCUACCAGAACGGUUCCUACCUCGAGUCCAUGGAGUACCCCGGGAGAUGCAUUUUUUUCAGAACCGUUCACGAUAAGAAGCACCUUUUCGACUAUGAGGUCAAGGCCUGCGGAACCAGUGAAGAAGGGUUCCUUUUCGGCUCCAAAUGGAACCCAGGGAAGCAGGCUCUCUCGGACGGCGACGGCCAAGCGUGUCUCGUCUUUGUGAACAACGAUUGGGGCACUGGGGCGGUGCUCCCGUGCAACAGCAUCGAUGGUGAGACUGGGAUGCGCAUUGUCGAGGAUCGUAACGUUCUUGAGUGCCCAAGUGGGUUCCUGCUCAGCUAUGUGUUCAAGAAGCCAUUCAGUGCCAAGUUGGCUUACAAGUGCAGCAGGAUGGCUUUGAUAGGAUUCUUUGGCUGCCCGGGCCUGUUGAAGAACCGGAAAAACAUGCGAUGGCCUUUGCUCUUGGCAGUCUCAGCCAGUCUGACUCCAGGCUUUGCCGAUUCACGAGAUUCCUUGUCGUUGUAUUUCAAUGCCUCCACUGGUGAGUGGUGCCUUUCCAUCCCUAGAAUGUGUGUCCGCAGCUAUGUGGUGCAGCCGCUGGACGAUGGUGCUUUGAAGGGCCCUGAGUGGGCAGUGGUGGCUGUGACAGAUUUUGACGGCAACUUCAACCCAGCUGGUGCAAUGACGAGUCCAGCUGCAAAGAUUCCGCGGUCAAAGCCAGCUUUGGUUACUCUUACUGCCAGCAAGCCGGAGUAUGCCAAGGAAUGCAAGAGCUUGGUGCCGGAUUGGGAGUUGAUUGGCCAAGACUUGCCAAAGGAAAACCCUUGCAAGUACGUUGUGGGCACGGAUCCAGCCAAAGGUCAGGAUGUUGAUCCAGAUGAAACAGGCUUUGCAAGUUGGCGGGAAGAGACGUUAGCAGCAGGCGGCGGAAAGCCGGACUCUGGCUUCAGCUACGAAAAAAUCCUUGGCUGUUUUUCGCGGCAAAGCAAAAGGAACAAAGACUUUGCAAUCCUGGAAAAGUCGUUUGGAAUGGCUGGUUUCGUUGCACGUACCACGGGGCAAUGGUUGAAAGUGAAGUGCUCCUGGCUUGGAGCAAUCAAUCAAGCUCCCUUCGGGUUUGGAUUCACUUGGCCGACCGGAGACGUUUGCAAGGAAACCCUGGAUGCAAUUGGCCGAACCGUGCAAAACAGUUUUAGUGUUGCACCGCUCAUUGCCAAAGUUGUUCUUGAUGAGAAGGCCAAGGAUGAUUGUAGCGGCCAGAAGGCAGCGUUUUCCAGGGUGUGGUGCGAUCUCCACUGCGUUAAAGACGCAGUUGUGAAAGGCAACGCUGCGGUUUUGAACAGCUUGGAAGGUGCUGUGCAAGUGCUGAAUCACAACGUAGAUGCCCUCACAGCGUAUCACGCGAGCAUCACUGGCGAGAAGCUCGACAGGCUCUCCAAGCGUAUCGAUGAAAUCACGACCACAUCGAAGUCAACGUUCGACAUUCAGCAAAUGCGAGGCAUGCUCAACUUACGCCUGGCGAGGGUCCGUGACCUCGUCGUAGGGGCGGACAUGGACAGCAUUGGACAUGCUGCAUCUAGGCGAGCACUUGAAGGAUUCAUAGCAGACCUGCGCUCCGAGAUGCGUACCCCGCUUGCGAACAGCACGGCUUCUGACAAAGCGGAGUAUUUGCUCAGCAGGACGGAAGCUCUGCAUCGGGCUCUGGAGCUCUCAGGCAAGCAAAGGGUUAAAAAAACUGAGGCCAUCAGCGCAGUCACAGCCAAAGCUGCCAUUCACAUGCAAGAUUUGGCGCGUUCCCGGAACCACCUCCUCGGUAUCUACCACCACCGUUCGUCGCAGUGGAAGCAGGGGCAGAAGCAGCUGCUACAGACCGCAAGGAAGAAGAGCGCCACCGAAGUAUUUGCGUUUUUGGAAACCAGCCAAACCUCCCAGAAUGACGUUUGGCAAGUGCUUUUGGCGUUGGACAGCACCUGGUGGGAGUUCAGGGCAGCACUGGACAAGUACUUGAAUCAAGCUAAACACUAUGCAUCAGCUUAUUUGCGGGCCGCGACGACGCUUGAGGAGUAUGUUUCCUGCUCCGCUCGUUUCGGCGAGAUGCAGAAAUACUACGAGGAGUUCCUUCAGGGAGAGAUCGGCUACUCCAAGGCUCUGAAAGAGGCUUGGUCCACGGCAGUGCCCCUGGCAGGUCUCUUGGUUUCCAAGCUCGUAGAUAGCAACGCCUUGCUGAAGCUCACUGCUGCGGACGCCAAAACUGCCGAAGAGAAGUGGCUGCAAGCGGAUCACUGCACAGGCAAUGUGACUCAUGGGCCUGCGUCCCUAGCGCUGCUGGAUACCCUGGCGACCGAAGUGCUGGACCAAACUUUGGACGAGGGCCUUUCAGGUCAAACCGCAAAUCAGCUGCUUACUGUAUUGCAAGAACUCCGCAUGCUGCACAUGAGCUUCUUGGACGAGGGUGCAUACCCAGAAGAUGUUGACGUUGUGACGCAGACCAUCGAACGAGCUGCAGAGGCUAUGCAGGACAGCACCGCGUUGCGCCCUGCCUUGGCACAACACCUUCUGAAGCUUUGCCAGCGCAAGCGACUAGAGAGACCUUCAAAAGAGCAGGCUCAGGUAUAG